UCGCGGGCUCGGAAUUCUUUUUAUUUUGUCGGAUCGACGAUUUUGCGGCAUUCGCUGUUGGCUCUCCGUUGUGAUUAGAUGUUUCACAACUUCAAUUUGGCCAUGAAGUGUGUUUUCCUGAUACUAGCUGCACUUGGAUUGAGUGUGGCAGAUGAAGGUAGCACCUAUGACCAUUUCCGCUUGCCAACGGCCCUUCGACCUCGAAGAUACGAUGUUCGCCUCCUGACACAGUUGGAAAAUCCGGACGAUUUUCGCUUCAGCGGAACUGUGAAAAUUCAAAUAGAAGUUCUGCAAAACACGCACAAUAUUACCGUGCACUCAAAGGAUCUGACCAUCGAUGAUACGGAAAUCACCCUCAGCCAAAUUGGCGGAGAAUCGACAACGGAGAACUGCAUAACGUCCACGGCAGUGAAUCCCACCCACGACUUCUACAUUCUCAACACGUGUAAGGAGCUAUUGGCUGGCCAAGUUUAUGAGCUGAGCUUGCCCUUUUCGGCCAAGUUACAAGAUCAACUGGCGGGCUACUACCGAAGCUCCUAUGUGGAUACGGUGGCCAAUGAAACGAGAUGGAUCUCCGUUACUCAGUUUGAGCCAGCUUCGGCUCGAUUGGCAUUUCCCUGCUUCGAUGAACCUGGCUACAAGGCAUCCUUUGCAAUCACCCUGGGUUAUCACAAGAAGUACACAGGUCUCAGCAACAUGCCCGUGAAGGAAACAAGGCCACAUGAAUCCAUUCCGGAUUAUGUAUGGACCGCGUUCGAGGAGUCAUUGCCGAUGUCCACCUAUCUGGUUGCCUAUUCCUUGAAUGAUUUCUCCCACAAACCAUCUACUUUACCCAAUGGGACACUUUUCCGUACCUGGGCAAGGUCAAAUGCGAUCGAUCAGUGUGAUUAUGCCGCGGAGUUCGGACCCAAAGUACUCAACUACUACGAGGAGUUGUUUGGCAUCAAGUUCCCGCUCUCGAAAGUGGAUCAGAUCGCUGUUCCAGACUUCAUUGCAGGUGCCAUGGAGAACUGGGGACUGGUUACCUUCGCGGAGAACGCUCUUCUCUACUCCCCGGAGUACUCCGCACUGGAGGCCAAGCAGGUGACAGCGAAUAUAGUGGCUCAUGAGUUGGCCCACCAGUGGUUUGGCAACCUGGUCACCAUGAAGUGGUGGACGGAUCUUUGGCUGAACGAGGGAUUUGCCACUUAUGUGGCCAGUUUGUGUGUCGAGGACAUCCAUCCAGAGUGGCGUACCCUUCAAUUGGUAUCAAUGUCCAACCUUCUUACCAUGUUCCGAAAGGACUCUCUGGAGAGUAGUCAUCCCAUUUCGAGACCCAUUGAAAUGACUUCGCAGAUUUCUGAAAGCUUUGACGAGAUCUCUUACCAGAAGGGAUCAUCGGUGAUUCGCAUGAUGCACUUGUUCCUGGGCGAGGAGGCGUUCCGGACAGGACUUAAGUCUUAUCUGGAGAAAUACACUUAUAAGAACGCCGAGCAGGACAAUCUUUGGGAAUCUCUCACUCAAGCUGCCCAUAAGAUUGGUUCUCUACCGAAGGACUAUGACAUCAAGACCAUCAUGGACUCGUGGACCCUGCAGACGGGAUAUCCGGUGAUUUAUGUGACACGAGACUACACAUCAAGGACCGCAAAACUCAGCCAGGAGCGCUAUCUCCUGAAUUCAGAUGUGUCUAGAGCACACAAAGGAUGCUGGUGGGUGCCACUUAGCUACACAAGUCAGGAGGAAAAGGACUUCAACAACACUGUGCCCAAGGAGUGGAUGGAGUGCACCGAGACUGGUGAAAGUGUUCCCAAGACCAUCGAGGAUCUGCCAGGACCCGAUCAAUGGGUGAUCUUUAACAACCAACUCUCGGCGCCGUAUAAGGUCAACUACGAUGCCCAGAACUGGAAACUUCUGAUCGAGACUUUGAACAGCGAAGAUUAUCAGUCCAUCCAUGUGGUAAACAGGGCCCAGCUCAUAGACGAUGUCCUGUUCUUCGCUUGGACAGGGGAGCAGGACUACGAGAUCGCUCUGCAGGUGAUCAGCUAUCUGCAGAGGGAACGGGAGCUUCUUCCCUGGAAAUCGGCCUUCGACAAUCUGAAGUUUGUUAAUGGCAUUCUUCAACAGUCGUCAGUUUUUCAUCCACAGAGUUUCAAAAGGAGGCUUAUCACUCCGAUAUAUGAGCACCUAAAUGGCAUCAACGAUACAGUCGCCUCCGAACAGCAGCAGGAGAAGACCAUUUUGAAUGCGAUGGUGGCGGACUGGGCAUGCUUGUUCGAGGUUUCCGAUUGCGUUGCCCAGGCCUUGAACUACUACCGCAGCUGGCGAUCGGAGGCUAAUCCUGACGAGGUUAACCCAGUUCCGCUGGGCUUUCGUGACGUUGUGUACUGCACGGCGAUCAAACAUGGCAGUGUCGAGGAUUGGGAUUUCCUCUGGACUCGGUACCAGAAGGCUAAUGUGGCCACCGAAAAGCAUAUCAUUCUGGAUUCCCUGGGUUGUUCGCAGGAGGUCUGGGUUCAGCAGAGAUAUUUGGAAAGGAACUUCGACGGAAUGGGGGCCAUUCGGAAGCAGGAUUCAACUUCUGUCUUUCAAGCGAUUGCCACUUCGGAAGUAGGGUUCCUUUUGGCCAAGAAGUACUUGAUGGACAACGUGGACUCCAUUUCCAAGUUCUACCAUCCUCAGUCAGAAUCUAUGUCUGAACUUCUACCGCCACUUUGCGAACAAAUCUUUACACGCAGGGACUAUGAUGAGUUUAUGAACUUCUUGGACAGUUCCAAGGAGCAGCUCAAGGAUAUAGAACAGACCAUCAGUCAAAGUUUGGAGACAAUGCUCAUCAAUGUGCAGUGGAUGGAGCGAAACUAUGAGAGGUUCACUCGAGCCAUCAAAAAACAUGUUUGAGUUAUCUACUUGGUGUCUGAAGAAGUAAAUCCCAACUUCUAUGAUUAUAUGUAUGUUGUAUAUUUCGUAUAUUUAGUUAAGCAUGUUCUAUAAUGCUAAUCAAUAAUAAACAUAUCAUA